AUGACGCGAGAGCUGAUGGUUGUGGAUUUGUUUUACAACCUCGAACAGUUGAAUGAUCAGAAAACACUGGCAGAGGCAGGCAUCAGCGCUGGUGCGGAGGUGCAGAUCCUGUUUGGCACGAUGGCUCCAGUCGAAUGCCCGAACCGGAAAUCUGCUGGAGUUGAAGAGUUGGUGGUUGUAAAGAUCCCAGACUCUGCUGGUGCUUUCAAUAACUGCCAGUCCCUGGUCCAAUUCACAAUUCCCAAUUCUGUGACUUCCAUUGGAUGUGGUGCUUUCAGUUGCUGCCACUCCUUGGCCGAAAUGAUCAUCCCCAACUCUGUGGCUCACAUCGGUGACCUUGCCUUCGAGAAUUGCAGCUCAUUGGAACAAGUGACCAUCCCAGAAUCGAUCACUUGUAUUGGCGAAGAUGUCUUUGCUGGCACGAGGAUUUCUACCUCACAAGAGGCAGAGGUGAAUCAGGCUAGUUGUGGCAAGAAGAGUGGGGCGCAAGGGAAAAAGACGUGCUCUUAG